AUGCCCAUUGUGACUGCCCUGGUCAUCAGUUUGAACUCUGCUGCCUUACAGCAAGGUACACCCUCCUCCUUUAAAGCCUCGGGAAUUUUUGAAAUUCCUCUUCCUGUUUGCUUGGCGUGGAGAGCUCAGAUAGCUUCUGUCCGGGCUGACUGGGCUGGCUCCCCACAGCAAACAAACUCCUCCUUGAGUACACCAGAGUUGCUGGGUCUGCUGGGUCUGCUGGGCGAGGAGGCUUUGCAGUCACAGCUCUUCUCCAGUCCCAGGAACUUUGAUACUUAUGGGCAGAUGGCUUGUGGCAUAGAGGAGAAAGGGCAUGAUCGGGACAUGCAGCAGUGCCAUGCCAAAAUCAAGGAACUGAGGCAGGCAUACCAGAAGGCAAGGGAGGCCAAUCAGUCUCGUGUAUCACCAAAGAAAUGCUGCUUUUACAAGGAGCUGAGUGCCAUCCUUGGUGGUGACCCCACCUCCACUGACAAAAAUCCCAUGGAUACUUCGGAGCGGCUGGAGACAGUGGCUAGUGGAGUGAACCUCCAGUAUGACAUGGUGGAUGAGGAAGUGGAGUUGCAGGAGAAUGGAGGACAGGCAACAGGGAUGUGCAGUGGUGUGGCAAGCCUGACAGGAGAGGGGAGCUCUGCUUCUGCAGAUGUGCCCUUGAUGGUCUCCUCCUGCACACCAGCUGAGUGGCACCAUCAGAUAACACAACAAAACAAGAGAAGUAAAGAAAACAUGUCCUGGGAGGAGUUGCAAUUAUAGACUGUCUGCUCACAAUCUGCAAUCAAUGAAAAACUGCGUAUGGAUAGCCAGGAGAUGAAACAGGCAGGAGCAGAUGGUACAGCUGCUACAGGACUAGACAGACAUGCUGAGGUCCCUGAUUGAACUGCAGAUGGAACACAUCUGUGUUUGCUGCCGCCUGCAACCCACAAAGAAUUGCCUUCCUUGCCCUGCCCACACACAUUCCACAUAUGUUCCUGGGCUAUCUCAGUACCCAAUGCACUCCAUCCCGAGGGACAUGUGUCACAAUGACAGCUGGACAUACACCCAACUAUGAGAACCCCAUCUGAAAAUGUGCUCUUCAUUUUCA